GCCUUAAGGGAUCCUCUCGCCUCGGUCUCCCGGAGUGCUAGGAUUAUAGGCGUGAGCCACGGAGCCUAACCCAGAGCAAGGUUCCUUAAUGCUCAGGUUUGCUUCUCUGCAGGAGCCGUGCCUCACCCACCCGCACUCCGUCCUUUCUGGGUUCCCCUUCCAACCUCAUAGAACCGGAGAUGUCCCCUUAGACAGUGAAACUGGUUGUGCCCCUUCUUCUAUCCUGAAAGGCUUUUGUAAAAAGGAAAAAUUGUUCUUGGGAGAGAAGAUUCCAAUGGGGCUAGAGCAAUGAACGCCCAUACCAGAGCGGAGUCCCCGUGUUCUAGAGCGGUAACCACCCCAAAGAGCUGUGUUUGCCGGCCACUUGGCCUGUCUUUAUCCUCCAUCCAAAGAGGGAGCUUGGUCUUCAGCUUUCACAUCCCCCUAACUACACAGCAGCCUUAGAGGAAAAGACGCUGGACUUCGGACGUCUCUCUCCUCGGUGGGUACCCAGUUCGGACCCCGGCACCCCUUUUACGCGCUCCCCCUCAACCCCCAGGGCACAAGGGCGAAAGGGGGAAGACUAUGAGUCACGUCCCAGGCCCGGAGUCGAGGAGCGAAGCGCCGCCUCUCCUCUGGCCCCUUCUCUCCCCCUUUCCCCUCCCCGCGGGUGCCUGCCCUCGCCAGAUGCUGCGCAGCCGUCACCGAAUCCCCAUCACCAACUCGGCCGGCGUCUCCGAGACCACGGGCUCCCGUAGGCUCCCCGUGGCCCCGAGUUAUAGUCGGCACACCCCGGCCGCGAGUGAUUGUCGGGUCUCCGCGGGCCCGGGUCGCUGGGGCGGAUCUGGCCUCUCAGGGCGCCCCCCAAGGCCGCAGGCAAGAUGAACAUUCUGGCGCCGGUGCGGAGGGACCGCGUCCUGGCAGAGCUGCCCCAGUGCCUGAGGAAGGAGGCCGCUUUGCACGUGCACAAAGACUUCCACCCACGCGUCACCUGCGCCUGCCAGGAGCACCGGACAGGCACCGUGGGCAGAUUUAAGAUCUCCAAGGUCAUAGUGGUCGGCGACCUGUCCGUGGGGAAGACUUGCCUCAUUAAUAGGUUCUGCAAAGACACCUUUGAUAAGAAUUAUAAGGCCACCAUCGGAGUGGACUUUGAGAUGGAACGAUUUGAGGUGCUGGGCGUCCCCUUCAGUUUGCAGCUUUGGGAUACUGCUGGACAGGAGAGGUUCAAAUGCAUUGCCUCAACUUACUACCGAGGAGCUCAAGCCAUCAUCAUUGUCUUCAACCUGAAUGAUGUGGCCUCCCUGGAACAUACCAAGCAGUGGCUAGCUGAUGCACUCAAGGAGAAUGACCCUUCCAGCGUGCUUCUCUUCCUUGUGGGUUCCAAGAAGGACCUGAGUACUCCUGCUCAGUAUGUGCUCAUGGAGAAAGAUGCCCUGAAGGUGGCCCAGGAGAUUAAGGCUGAGUACUGGGCAGUCUCAUCUCUCACUGGUGAGAACGUGCGGGAAUUCUUCUUCCGUGUGGCGGCACUGACCUUUGAGGCCAAUGUGCUGGCUGAGCUGGAGAAAUCAGGGGCCCGGCGCAUUGGGGAUGUUGUCCGCAUCAACAGUGAUGACAGCAACCUCUACUUAACUACCAGCAAGAAGAAGCCCACAUGUUGCCCAUGAAGGGUGAGGAAACUGUCCAGAGACUGCCCAGCCCUGGGGCACUGUGCCACCCUGACUCCCCCAGAGCGUGACCUCUAGGCAUUUGCACUGACUGUUUUUCCACACCAAAGAGCUGCCUCUUUGUGGCAGUGUCCCCAGAGGGGUAGCUGGGACCAUGCUAGUCACUUCCUGUCCCCAGGCACCAUGCCAAAGACUGGAUGGCCUCGUAUUCCUCUGGGGGUUCUCCAGUCUGCCCAGCAGGUGCUGGGGGGGAGUGUCCCUGCUGCUUUUGCUCAGCCUGCUGGCCCUUUGGAUAGGAGGAUGCUUAAUGAUUCCAGCCUCACUGUGCCUUAUGCAUUAAAAUCUCUUUGUUAUUAGCA